GGAGGGCUUUCCAGUGUUUGGGACCAAUUUCCUCUCGCUGGUAGACGUGUACAACUCAAAAGCAGUUCUCGAUUUUUCUCCCCCGACGGCCUUCGUCAUGUCUAACAACAACGCCAGCAACAACCUAAUCAUCGCCCAGAGGGCCGUGAAGCAGCUGCGGUUGGAGGCCAGCAUCCGCAGGAUCAAGGUGUCCCAAGCUGCUGCCGAGUUGAGGAACUUCUGUUUGCAAAAUGCAUCCAAGGACCCGCUCCUGGUCGGUGUGCCCUCCAGCGAUAAUCCUUUUAGACCACCAAAGUCCUGCUCCCUGUUCUGAGCUUGGCAAAAACAAUGAAGAAUUUCUGAAUCUAUACAAAGGCUGUCUUCAAUUUUACCCGUCACUGUAGAUCUGCCAGCAGCUCACCUUCGUCGACCCCAGGAUGGAUCGGUCCAUUUGUUUACCAUAACAAUUCGUCAUAUUUGUGCUGCACAAAACUCGAGUCCCCAGAAAUGCUCAAGAAGUCACACUAACAUUAUUAAUACGUACAUCUUGGUUUUGCGCAUCAUUUGCUGUCCAAAUCGAUUACAGAUAUUACCAUACUUAAUCAAAACUGUGUGCUUUCGUGUCAUGCAGGAGACUCUGACUCAGACACUCCACACAAAAGCAUAAAAUUGAACUUUUGGCAAAUAGAUUUUUGAGCCGAUGUCCACUUUUCAGAUAUUUAUAGUUAUGGUUAUGGUGAUGUUGUCACGAUUGAGAAGCACUAUGACACGGUACAGACCUAAAUGUAUUUAAAGAAAAAAAUGCUUGGUAUUACUUUUAUUAACCUGUAUUCUGUUACCAUCUUUAAAAACAUGCCUUACACUAUUUGAAUAGUGAUUUAUUGUACAUCACUUUAUAUAUGCAAAUAGCAGCUACAUAAAAAAUCUCUAAAUGUUCCUGUUUAAGAAUCUUGCUGAAGUGACCUGUUGCUCGGGCCUUUUUUCCCCACAAUGGAAUUCUAUGCCAUGCAACCAAAUCUUUUACUACUGUUACCCUGUACCUCCCAUGUCUUUGCUACUGUGAGCAACAUUUUUAGAAAUUAAAUUUCUUUUUCAGAAACAGG